AUGCCCGCCUUCUAUCAGGCUCGUAAGCAGGCUCGUGACGACUAUGAGACGAAGCUUCUUCAUCGGGCCGAGGCUGAUCGAGAGCUUCGACGCCAAUUACCACCGGUAUGGCAGGAGCCGUCUAAAGAGCAAGUUGACUGCUUAUGUCUGCAGAUUAGUUCAGCAAUGAAUUCCUCUUGGCAGGCCAUAAAAUCAUUCUUUUUGCGCGCUGAUCCUGAUGGACGUACUAGUGUGCUGAGAAGUUAUUUCAUGGAGGCAGCCAAGCGGUUUAGUCUCAAUCUCAGUUCGAAGGAGCUAUUCGACCUAGCUCUGGCAUUCGACAAGAAGAAAAAUGGCUAG